UCUCUGAAUGGCCUGAGGCUGCAGGCAGCUGGCCAAGCCUACCCGCUAUAAAAGGGAGCUGACACUCAGCCCUGCAUAUCUUUUGUCAACUGACUUUCAGAAGACCUGAUACAGCAACUCUUUGGGCACCAUGCUGACCGACCUGGAGAAUGCCUUGGACUCAUUCAUUGACGUAUAUCACAAAUACUCCUUGCGGAAGGGAAAUUACCAUGCCAUCUACAAGGAUGACCUGAAGGACCUGCUGGAAACCGAGUGUCCUCAGUAUAUGAAGAAAAAGGAUGCAAACACCUGGUUCAAAGAGUUGGAUGUCAAUAGUGAUAACGCCAUCAACUUCCAGGAGUUCCUCAUAUUUGUGACAAAGAUGGGCGUGGUGGCCCAUGAAGAAAGCCACAAAGAAUAGCAGAGCAACUGGGCCCCUGGACAUGUAACUUCAGAAUAAUAAAGUGAUCGAUACCUCAGA